AUGGCCGUCCGACUGCGGCGCUGGAGCGACGUCGAGCCGCGUCGACGGCCCCGACAUCGCGCCGCCUACGCGACUCAACUCGCACCUCCUGCGCCCGCGUCUGCAGACGCUGUGCCACGACGCGCGAGCAGCAGCAGCAGCAGCAACAAACACGUGCCACUGGCGGUGCUCGAAGACGCGCCCGAGUGUGUCAUUUGUCUGGACGAACUCGCAAUGGGCCGCGCGCUGUUCACGGCCGAGUGCGGCCACCGCUUUCACUUCAGCUGUCUGCUCGAGAACGUCAACCACGACGAGGCCAACUCGGACAAGUGCCCCAUCUGUCGGCAGCCGCAGACGCAGUGGCCCGAGCAGACGAAAGGGCUCGUGAAAGCGCACCCCUACUGUACCAACUGCGGCAAACGAGGAUCAGGAGGGCAAUAUUGUGACGGGUGUGGGCAGUCGCUGGCCCACACGCCCACAGCGCAAGAACGCGCCAGAGCCGCUGCCGCUGCUGCCGCUUCCAGGAGCAAUGUCGUGGUCGAGUGCCCCACGUGUCGCAUUCGUUGUCUCGUGAACACGACGGCGCGCGGCACGUUGCAGUGUCCGAAUGGUCACCUCUUCCAGUUGCGUCUGCCACCCACGAUGGGCAAUUCACAUGGCGGACGACAGAGCAUUUCUGGAGGACCGACCGCCUUGACUUCUGGAUCGAGGGCGAUCAUGCGGCAAUGCCCCACGUGCUAUACGCGCGUCCAGAUGCCGCCGGGCAGCCAAGCUGGCCAGUAUAUGUGUCCUCAUGGACACACUUUUUACUUUUCUCCGUUCCAAUAG